ACCACAUCCGUAGACCCGUUCAAAAACCCUAUCCCGAGCCUCUCCCUUCGACCUCAAACCCUAAGCCUAAUUUCCCACCCCUCGGAGCUUUCUCCAAUGGCGGAUUCCGGAGUGGAGUUGGCGAUCGCUCAGGUGGUAGAAGAAGUACAAGAAGAAGCGGAGGCCCUGGGAGGAGCGGAAGCACCGAAGGACGACGAAUCCCCCGCCAUGGCUGAUGGGACCGUGACAGCCGCCGGAGAUCACAAGCGGAAGCUAGAUGAUCUCGAACCCCGCGAAGGCGACGAAGAGGCACCCCUCAAGAAGCAGGAGGUCUCCGCCGAUGCCCCGGCCCUUGCCGCUGACGAGCCCGGAUCGGGCGAUGGGGAGGUCGCCGCCGCGGGUGGAUUUGUGGAUCGCUCUGAUGAGGUGAAAUCGGACAUUGCAGAAAGCGGUGAGCCAAAGGUAGAGGAGCCAGGGGCGGUUGAUGUGAAGUUUGAUGCCCAGGAGUUUCAAUCUGGUGGAGAGUUGGAUGGUUCCGCGUAUGCAGUGGCUGCUGACACAGGAAAAGAGUUACAUAAGCCAGAAACUCAAGAACUGGUAAAUGGUGACGGACAGGGUGAUCAAAGCGCCAUGGUACCUCCAGCAGAUUUGGGCACGAUGUCUCGCAAGACUGAAGUUCCUAACAAUAAGGUUGGUGUUCUUAUUGGUAAAGCUGGGGAGACAAUAAGGUACCUGCAAUUAAACUCAGGGGCAAAAAUCCAGAUCACGAGAGAUGCUGAAGCUGAUCCUCAUUCUACGACUCGACCUGUGGAACUAAUAGGGACCUUGGAGAGCAUUAACAAGGCAGAAAAACUGAUAAAGGAUGUCAUUGCUGAGGCUGAUGCAGGAGGUUCCCCAUCACUUGUUGCUAGGGGCUUUAGUACUAUACAGUCCGGUGGAGAACAAUUUGAGAUUAAAGUACCAAAUGAAAAGGUUGGCCUAAUCAUAGGCAAGGGUGGUGAGACUAUAAAGAACUUACAGACCAGAUCUGGUGCACGCAUCCAGUUGAUACCACAACAUCUACCUGAGGGUGAUGCAUCAAAAGAAAGAACUGUACGAAUAACUGGAGACAAAAGGCAAAUUGAAACUGCAAAAGAAAUGAUCAAGGAAGUAAUGAAUCAGACGCCUAGGUCAUCGCCUCUCUCAGGUUAUGGCCAACAAAACUAUCGCUCUCGUGGGCCCACUAGCAUGUCUCACUGGGGAGCCCGGGCAACAGCUCCGACGCAACCGACCAUGGGCUACGAGUACCAGCAAAGAGGCACGUACCCGCCCCCUCAGACGGCACAAUAUCCUCAGCCUUAUGGUGGCUACUCGCAGCAGACCACUCCACGAGGCAGCUAUAGUGGUAAAGACUGGGAUCAGAGGUCAUCAGCGCCUGUCCAUAACACUCCAACUGGUGGAUAUGAUUAUUAUGGUCAAGGUGGUCCAAAUACUGCAACUCAAGCUUCAUUGCCCAACCCAAUGUCUGGCCCAUCCCCAGGACCUGUGAAUUAUGGACGACCGCAAACUCCAAACUAUGGACAACCUACUCCUUAUGGACACCCUGCUCAACAGCACUACGGUCAGGGUUAUAAUGAGCCCAGCAGGUAUGAUAGUCAAGGACCAGGCCAACAGUUCUAUGGCCAACAACAAACAGUGGGCUCGCAGCCAGGCGUCCAGUCCGGUUUCAGUCAGCAACAAUCAUAUGGCAAGCCCCCUUAUGGUGUUCCCCAUCAGGAGGUGCCCCCAUAUGGUGUACCCCCAAGAACAAGUCAACCAGGGGAUCCAACGUAUCAAGGUCAUGCGACAUCAGCCUAUGGAUCUGGCACUACGACCCAGCAAUAUCCCUAUGGUUCCAAUAUACCUUCUCAACCAGCCCCUUCUUACAACCAGACUUAUGGGCCUGCCUCUGGUGCUGCGGAUGGAUACACUCAACCACCUUCGGCAGCUUACGCCCAGCAGGGUGGCCAAGCGGCUCCUCUUGGCUAUGGUCAAGUUGCACAGCCAGUGCCAGCUUACACGCAACCAAGUUCACAUUCUGCUGGUUAUGGACAGUAUGCUUCAUCCCAACAGGGUUAUGGUGAUGCUGCAAGCAACGGUAAUUAUGGAUAUCCCAGUGUGCCUGCUGAUGCAGCAUAUGGAACUACCAUUCCUGGCUCGGGCUAUGGUGCACCGCCAGCAGGCGGCGGUCAGCCCGGUUAUGCCCAGCAGCCAUCAAACCCAUCAGGCUAUUAUGAUCAAUCGGUGGCCCGUUAAUGCACCGUUGUAUACGGAAGUUUCUCGCAAUGGCGACCAGUGUGAUUCUGCUCCCAUGUAUGCUCAAGUUCAGCUGUUGUCAGUCUAUUUAACUUUAGCGUACUUGGUAUAUGAUCUCUCGGCAGUUGGAUUUCUGCGUGUGGGGCAAUAUGACCCUUCUAUUGUCUUGUUGACUUUUAGUUUCAAUGGAUUAUAUUGACUCGGGAUUAGGUUUUUCUACAA